AUGGGGCGAUCUGUAGCCAACGCUUUCAGUAUUAUUGCAUUAUCAGGCCUUGGAGGCCAUGCUUUUGGCUCGUUCAAAGAGAAAGGCGGAAGCUAUAUGUGGUUGCGCGACUCUCUCCCUUACGACCUUACCUCAGGAACCAAGCCGAUAGCUCGAGUUAUGAUCUACGGCUAUGAGUCGGCUGUUGUUGAGAGUAAGAGCAUGCAAAAUCUAGAAGAUUUCGCUACCAAGUUGAAUGUUAGCCUGCAAACCCUAAUGAAUGCUACGACAGUUCGGCCCAUCAUUCUUAUCGGCCAUAGUCUUGGGGGGCUAAUUAUCAAGCAUGCGCUCAUAUCUUUAUCGGGAUCGGAAAACAAAGAAAGCCGAACACUUAUCCGAGCUGUAUAUGGGGUGGUCUUCUUUGGAACCCCACACCAUGGCAUGGACAUCAGCUCACUUAUUUCCAUGGCUGGAAAUGGGCCAAAUCGUUCCUUGAUAGAGUCUCUCAGCCAUGAUAACUCGCAAAUACUUACUAUGCAACAUCGUGAGUUCCAUAAAGCCUUGGGAGGUGAGGGUGAAUCAGAAGUCUUCUGCUUUUACGAAACUCUCAAGUCACCAACAGCGCAGCAAGAUCAAUAUGGCGGCUGGACAAUGACUGGGCCUGAUGCGUUUCUAGUCACCAAGUCUUCGGCUACACAUUGUCGUCCUUGGGAAGAUGGCGCUGAGCAUAUCUGCGCCCUUACUCGUACACACUCUGAAAUGGGCAAGUUUAAACCUAACGAAUCUGAUUACGACAUUCGCGAGGCCGGUCCUUCGAUCUUUACUGCAACAAAUGCCGAGAAUUUGGGCACACUGCCUAUGAUGUUCACUGUUACGAAUGCGGCGGAAUUGGGCAUUAUGCUGACGAACCUCACUGUUAUGAAUGCGACUCAUUCGAACAUCUUAUAUAAGAUUGCCCAAUGCCGUAAUUGGUAA